UCCCUGAGAGAGCAGCAGGAGGCGUCGCAGGGCCAGAGGGACCCAUAAUUACUUCUGGAUAUUCAUAUAGAGAGGACCAGAUCAGACACAGAACAGAAAAGUCUAUUCCAGCUCUCCUGCAUCUUCCCAAACAACGAGAGGUGCCCCCCCCCCAAAAAAAUCCAUUCGUUUUUCAUCAAAUGCCAUCAUCCAUCGUAGGCCACUAAAGGAAAGUCUACAGUUUCCACACUCACCAUCCUCUAGAAAUGAGCGAGCAGGAAGUGACUUACACAGAAGUGAAAUGUCACACGUCUGAGCAGCAGAGGAGCCAAAGACCCAGGAACUCUGAGAGCAAAGAAAUGAGAAAGGAAGAGAGGAUCUACAUGAAUACAAAAUGUCUCAAUCUUCCUAAGCAGCAGUUGAAUCAAAGACCUGAAAAUGCAGAAAUCAAAGGUUUCCCUGUUCCAGCUCCUCCCUGGAAGAUCAUUGCAGUGAUUCUGGGGAUCUUCUGCCUGAUAUUGUUAGGAGUCUCAGUGGCCUUGGCUAUCAAGUAUCAUUCCUGUCCGGGAUGCCCUGACCAGUGGGUACGAUAUAGAGACAGCUGUUACUACUUCUCCAACGUGAAGAAAGAUUGGAAUUCUAGCCGGAAUUUCUGCUCUGCCCAAGACUCAGGACUCUUGGUAAUCAGCGACACCAGGGAAAAGAACCUGUUCCUGGGGAUCCAUACAGAAGAACACUGGAUUGGAUUGACAAAUUUCAAUGGCUCUGGCUGGGCCUGGGAAGAUCGCUCAACAUUCAGCGAUAUAAAGGUCACCUCUAACAGCCCCUUGCAACACUGUGCUGUCCUACUGAAGGGUGCCUUCCAGGCCUCCAGCUGUGCAGUUCCUUUCCCAUGCAUCUGUGAGAAAUCCUCCAAGUAACCUCCUGCUGCACUUUCCCACCGAAUAGUCUUCACUCAAACUCAGCCAAUGGACCUGAAUCAUGAAUCCAUUAAAGAUGCUCUAGCUUUGUUCAUGUGGGAUAGGUUUGAUAGUGUUCCUCGGUGGUUAGCAGCAUACACUGCUUUGUGGGAGACCAAAGUUUGAUUCCAGCUGUAAUGUAGGUAUACGAUUGUGUCUAAGCACCUAGUUAAUGCAGCAUCAACUAAAAAAGCUAAAGUUCUUGUUAAUGCACAUAUUGUUGAUGAUCUUUGUAUUUGUAUUUUCAGCACAGUGACUCAGACUACCAGAAAUUAAAAUUUGUUUUAAAAACUCCAUAAAGGAAAAUAAUGGGACAAUAUUAAGUAUUUCUCCUCACUGUUAAAUUUGGAGUG